AAGCGUUGAAUAUUCACCCUGCACCACUACUAUACAUUUUCUUUUCUCUUUCCUCUCAUCUGCAUUUCUCUAUUUCUCCGAUUCCUACUCCGCCGGAGAAACAAUGACGGCGAAUAUCCUCCGAUUCUCCCUCUCACCUAAUCACAAACUCACUUCCAGCUUCAGUCACUCCAAUGUCAACCACCAACGACGUCGUAUCAACGGCCAUCACUUCAAUCCUCUCAUCCACCAACGACGUCGUAGCGGUCAGCUAUUGCUGCGGCGCAAUGCCGUACUCGCGAAGGCUGUUGAGUUUAAAGCUCCGGCGAGCGGAGCUGAACAGCAGCAGCAGUUGAAGAAAGAUGAAACGAUAGUACUACUCGACGUGAGCGGGAUGAUGUGUGGCGCGUGCGUUACACGCGUCAAGUCGAUCCUCUCCGCCGACGACCGAGUUGACUCGGCCGUGGUCAACAUGUUGACCGAGACAGCUGCGAUAAAGUUGAAACCGGAGGCCGGUGAGAGUUUUGCUGCCGCUGAGGAGUUAGCUCAGAGGCUGACCGGAUGUGGUUUUCCGACAAAUAAGAGGUCGUCGGGGUUAGGAGUAGAUGAGAAGGUGAAGAAGUGGAAGGAAAUGGUGGAGAAAAAGGAGGCAUUGCUUGUUGAGAGUCGAAACAGAGUGUUUUUUGCUUGGUCUCUGGUCGCUUUAUGCUGUGGAACUCACGCUACUCAUAUAUUGCACUCUCUUGGCAUUCAUAUUGGUCACGGUUCAGUGUUGGAUGUACUGCAUAAUUCUUAUGUCAAAGCUGGAUUGGCAAUAGGGGCUUUACUUGGACCUGGACGAGGUUAGUCAUUACUUGUUUAUUAGAUUCUCUU